GAUACAAACAACAGAUUCAUAUGGUCAUUUGAGCAUGUCUCAAGUUUGUCUUUGAACUUCAGCUUGUUCUCAGUGUGUCCGCUGUCCUGUCUACACACAUCCCGUCUACACACACCCAUCUCCACACACCUCGUCUACACGCGUGUCCAUGUCUGUGAUGAUGAGGACUUUCUUUUGUGUGGCGUCACUGACCUCAGCAGGUUUGUUUCACGGGGGGUAAUCCUGGCCCUGAGAGCGCCAGAGUAUAAAGGGGAGGGGCACAGUCCGAGCCCACACACUCUGAGUGAGGCUCGUCGCAGGCACACACAGACAGCAAUCAUGUCCAGUGGAGAUAAGUCCAAGACUUCUUCUCAGACUGACGGCAAGGCUGCUCAGAGCAAGAAGUCUGAGAUGGGGAUGAUGUCCUACAAGAUGUACGUGUUCGACCAGGAGAACUUCCAGGGUCGUAUGAUUGAGAUCAGCAAUGAGUGCAUGAAUGUGUGUGAGAUGGGCAUGGACCGCGUGCGCUCUCUGCGCGUGGAAUGUGGACCGUUUGUGGGUUUUGAGCAGAUGAACUUCUGUGGAGAAAUGUACAUCUUGGAGAAGGGAGAGUACCCCCGCUGGGACUCCUGGAGCAAUUGCCAGAGGAACGACUACCUGCUGUCCUUCAGGCCUGUCAGAAUGGACCCUGAGAAGCACAAGAUCUGCCUGUAUGAGGUGGGAGAGUUCAAGGGCCGUAAGAUGGAGAUCAUGGACGAUGACGUCCCCAGUCUGUUCUCUUAUGGCUUCACUGACAGAGUGGGCAGCAUCAUUGUCAGCUGUGGAACUUGGGUGGGAUACCAGUACCCUGGUUACCGUGGCAGCCAGUACCUUCUGGAGAAGGGCGACUACAGGCACUUCAACGAGUACGGCGCCCGCUGCCCUCAGUUCCAGUCUGUGAGGCGUAUCCGUGACAUGCAGUGGCACCAACAGGGCUGCUACACCAUGGCCAGCAAGUGAGGCUCAGGGAAGGAGAGAAAGAGAAAGAAAGAGUGGGAGUGAGGGAGAGGGGCGGAGGAAGAGAGAGAGGGGAGAGACCACUGAAGCCUUUCCUCUGGGGCUUUGGGUCACUAUUUGACCUGACACUUUCUGACCAGCGGAGAUGGACACCACUCAGCCCAUAAUGGGCCUCCCUGACUUCCUCUGCCUCUGCUUUCUCUUUCUCCCCUCCGAGCCGAGCGGUAAUGACCACUAUCUGCCCCUUUUUAGUCCCUCACUUCAUCCCCUCCACACUUUUAUGAAACACCAAAGAGGAAGCAAGACAGAUGCUUUUUAACACAACUCUCAGCACAGGGUGUGAUGCACCAUGGGAAACUGAGUGCUCUGCCCCUGCCUUCAGCCCUUGUGCAUUGGACACCCUUUCUGCUGUACAGAUUUUUGGCCAAGUUUUCAAUAAAAGGAAAAAUCAUGAACUCAUACAUUUUUUUUGUAUCGUUUUUUUGUAAUUGUUGAAUAAAUUCUGUAUGGAGUUUUAUUCACAGCCUAAAUUGAAUUUCAAUAAACUUAACUACAUCUACAUGA